AACUGACAUUUGAAUUCGUGCAAAAUACGGAUACGGACGGCUAAAAAGUUGUGCUGUAAUUUUGUAACGCUUCCAAGUGAAUUAUCGGGAAUCAGUUGUGUUUUUUUGUUGUUAAUUAUUCGUAAGCAUGGUGCCGUCAACUGUUGUUUACGUUGCGGCGGUGCCAAUCUCAGUUAUUGUGGCGCUGGGUUUGCUUCGCAAGUGGAGGUCCAGGAAAUGGGCUAGCUGUGUGAGCAAUACAUGUUUGAGAGGGAAAACCUUCCUUAUAACGGGAGCAAACAGUGGCAUAGGGUAUGAAACUGCCAAGUCCUUGGUUAGGAGGAAGGGGCGAGUGAUAUUCGCGUGCAGGGACAUUGCUAAAGCCAAGGAGGCCAUCGCUCUUAUUCGCAAAGAACAACCACUUGGCGGGGAAAUGAUUCCCAUGCAGCUAGACCUAUCAUCAUUUGAGUCCAUAGAAAAGUUUGUAGAAAUUGUAAAGGCAGGGUUCCACAAGAUUGAUGUACUUAUCAACAAUGCUGGCGUUGUAGUACCUUUGAACCAGGACCUUAAAACUAAGGAGGGAUUCGAAAUACACUUUGGUGUGAAUCAUCUGGGCCACUUCUAUCUUACCAACUUAUUAAUGGACCUUUUAAAGAGAGCUACACCAAGCAGAAUAGUAGUCGUGUCUUCGACGCUGCAUGAGCGCGGAAAUAUCAACUUUGACGACCUCAACAUAAGGAAGGAAAUUGAACAAGCAAAGAAGAAGGGAGGCAGUUCUCGCCACAACCCUGGCUACAGCAACUCCAAGUUGAUGAACGCUUACUUCGCGAGGGCGCUGGCGUGCAACUUGAGGAACACUGGCAUUGAUGUCAACCUGGUCUGCCCUGGAUUCUGCGCUACCAAUCUGUUUAGGUAUUCAAUAAAGUGGUACCACUACAUAUUUAUGGCGCCUAUAUUGAUUGCUUUCAUGAAGACUGCUAAACAAGGUUCAGAAACAGUAGUCUUCUGCGCCACAGACCACAGCAUCGAAGGUAAAACGGGUAAGUUCUACCGCGACUGUGCUGAGUACAAUUCUAAGUACAACUUCGACAAGGACGUAGAGACCAAGUUAUGGAACGUCAGCGAGGAGUUGGUGAAGGCUAGGAAACCUCUAUGAACGUAAUAUGAGGAAGGCUUAGUUGUUUAGUUGUCUGUACUCCGUUCAAAAUAACUUUAGACACAGUGCCGGCGUAAGGGCCACUGAUACCCCGGGCGAAAAUAUUGUGGCGCCCACUUGAGGGAAGCAAUAUCAAUGUAUGCCCCUCAGAAUUUGUCGCCCUGGGUCAUCGGCCCAUCACGACCCCCCCUAACGCCGGCACUGUUUAGACAUAAGAAAACCUUCUUUACCAUCCGUUCAACCGAAUUUCACCUUUUUGCCGUCCGAUUUUAACCUUUAUUGCGUUUGGAAAAUGACAAAUGGCUGCGGUAUAUAGUUGGUUUUGUAAUUACGUUCUAUAAUGCCAUGAAAUCGAUUGUACAGGCUGUAAAAAAGGUUUUAAAUGUCUAAUGUUAACGCGAAUAGAGUACAGUAAUGUUAAUAUGCAGUUAUACGACGCGUUAUAUAAAUGGUGGUAUCACGCUCUCUCUCUGUGACUAAAUUAACUCGAAACAUGUGGUUUGGAAUAAUGGUAUUGCAUAUUUUCUUACUUGAGAUUAUAGUUUUAAAACUCGGAAGACACAAAACAUUACCGAGGAUAAUAACUAAUUUAAUUAUGCGAUAUCCAAACCCAAUUAUAAUGACGGUAGUCUUACAGGAGUUUAUCACAAUCAUUAUAUUCUUAACCUAUGGAGUUUCUUGCUCGUUCUUCUCUAUAGAAAUCUACACUUUGGAACGAGUAAAUAGCUUCACUAGAGGACUGACCGACAGAUAGACAUUUUGUUUUCUUUAUAUUGUAAUAUUUGCUUUGGCGUUCAAAACUGCCUUACUGGUCUAUUUGAAAUAAAUAAUUUUCACUUUGACUUUGACCAUUUUGUACAAAAAUGCGUCUGUUCCGAUCCACGCCAGUAUAAAUUCAGCCUUACGUCACGGAGCGUGGAUGCCAAAUAGAAGACUGUCUAGUCCGAACGAUCUGAGCCAAAAUAAAAAAAAAAACGCUAUCACGCGUCGUGUAACAGCACCUUAAUAUUUUAUGCAAAUCUGCGUUUUGUUCAUGUUCCAUGUAAAGAAAAAAAAUCGAAUAAUUAUUGUCUUGUAAAAAUUAAACGAUAUUAUAAGUCAUUGACCUUUCGUACUUGGUAUACUGUGAUGACUUUGAACGAACGUCUCUUCACAUUACUUGAUUAUUUUCAAUACCAAAAUUAUACUAUAAAUUGGUAAUAUUACCAUACAAUCGCUUAAAGACUUAUUGUAUCGUUUAUGUUAAGAACAGAAACAAAACGCCGGUUUCAUUUUGCCAAAUUAUUAUUUGUUGUUAUCAUAUCAUAAUAAAUAAACUUUUACGUAUGUACACCUACUUCCAUUAAAUAUGGUUUUAUGAGUUACUUAAAUAUGUUUUAGAUUAUUAUAGUCUGUCAUAUGCAUAGGCGUAACUAAAAUCAUCCUGAAAACAAAAUUUUCAAACUUUACUUACCUUUUAUUAGCUACUCCCGCUACUCGGCUCCUAUUGGUCAUAGCGCGAUGUUUUAUAGCUCAUAGCCUACCUCGAUAAAUGCCCUAUCUAACUCAAAAAUAAUUAUUCAAAUCGGACCAGUAUAUCCGGAGACUAACUCGUUCAAACAAAUGAACAAAAUCUUCAGCUUUACAUAUUAGUGUAGAUAGAUUAUAAAAUUUCAAUCAAAACCUUUCAUAUCAGUGAGUACAAUCAACUAGAACUUUCUAGAAGUAAUACGAGAUAAGCAAUAGAGAUUAAUUUAUAGAUAUUUUAAUGCCCAUGUGCCAUUAAUGUUCUAGGAUAGAUAGACCAGUGUAUCUAGACCCCUGUUACGCCUAUGUUACGUUGGAAAUGGCAGCGUUUGUUAUAUAGGUUGUUGGUACUGUAAAGCAUAAUAUCUAGGUUUAUAUAAUCUCACUUAGUUGGAUAUUGUCGUUGUUUAAACUAUAUGUUAGAUAUAUUUCUUCUGUAGGUUAGAAACUUUCUAGAAAAUGUGGAUAGAUGUAAUAUAUUUAUUAUAAUAUAUUUUAAAAUGGG